CCAGGUCGUCUACUCCUUUAGUCUGUCGCUGCGGCCUUGCGCUGUGGCGGGGAGCCCUGCGCUUGGGGGUUCGGUCAGGAGCGCGUGCCCGAGGCGCAGUACCCGGAGGCCCCGUGCGUCGGCUCUGGAGCUUCAGGGAUCUUGUCAGGCCAGAAAACGCUGGCCGGAGCCGCCCGCGGUGGAAUUUUUUGGAGAUCAAGCCUUCCCUGCUGGAGGAGGACGCUUGGCGGCGUGUCGCCUGCGCUGUUGUCACUCGGAAAGAUGAAGAAAAGCCUGCAGGAUGAGAUUGAAGCCAUUCUUCGGAAAAGGAUCAUGGUGCUAGAUGGUGGAAUGGGGACAAUGAUCCAGCGGUACAAACUAAGUGAAGAACAUUUCCAAGGUCAAGAGUUUAAAGAUCACACCAGGCCACUGAAAGGCAACAAUGACAUCUUAAGUAUAACUCAGCCUGAUGUUAUUUACCAGAUUCAUAAGGAAUACUUGCUGGCUGGAGCAGAUAUCAUCGAAACAAACACUUUCAGCAGUACUAGUAUUGCCCAGGCUGACUAUGGCCUUGAACACUUGGCCUACCGGAUGAACAAGUGCUCUGCAGAUGUGGCCAGAAAAGCCGCUGAGGAGAUAACUCUGCAGACAGGAGUCAAGAGGUUUGUGGCUGGAGCUCUGGGUCCGACUAAUAAAACACUUUCUGUCUCCCCAUCUGUGGAAAGGCCAGAUUAUAGGAACAUCACAUUUGAUGAGCUUGUUGAAGCAUACCAGGAGCAGGCCAAGGGACUGCUGGAUGGUGGGGUCGACAUCUUACUCAUUGAAACAAUUUUUGAUACAGCCAAUGCCAAAGCAGCCUUGUUUGCGCUCCAGAACCUCUUCGAAGAGAAUUAUGCUCCUCCUCGGCCUAUCUUUAUUUCUGGGACCAUUGUUGAUAAAAGUGGGCGGACUCUUUCUGGCCAGACUGGAGAGGCUUUUGUCACCAGCCUGUCUCAUUCAGACCCCCUGUGCAUUGGAUUAAAUUGUGCUCUGGGUGCAGCUGAAAUGAGGCCUUUCAUUGAAACAAUUGGAAAAUGUACAACGGCCUAUGUCCUCUGUUACCCAAAUGCAGGUCUUCCCAACACUUUUGGCGACUAUGAUGAAACACCAUCCAUGAUGGCCAUGCACCUGAAGGUAGCAACAACAUGUUCCGUGUGUAGAUUUGUAAAGACUAUCUGUGAGCUGGGGGAAGGGAAGAAGAGGGUAGCAGUUGGCAUUGGUGCAGACCGCACGGAGCUCCAGGCUCAUGCCUCUGACGGCACAGGCAGCACAGUCAGCAAUGAUGAGCCUUCUGUUGCUGAGAAAGCUGACGGAUGCAACUGCUGCUGUACAUUUAAGGAAAUUGCGGAAGCUGUGAAAAAUUGUAAGCCGAGAGUCCCCCCUGCUAGUAUUUUUGAAGGACAUAUGUUACUAUCUGGUCUAGAGCCCUUCAGGAUUGGACCAUACACCAACUUUGUUAACAUUGGAGAGCGCUGUAAUGUGGCAGGAUCCAGGAAAUUUGCUAAACUCAUCAUGGCAGGAAACUAUGAAGAAGCCCUGAGCAUUGCCAAAGUACAGGUGGAGAUGGGAGCUCAGGUGCUGGAUAUCAACAUGGACGAUGGCAUGCUGGAUGGUCCCAGUGCAAUGACCAAAUUUUGCAACUUCAUUGCUUCUGAGCCUGACAUUGCCAAGGUGCCCCUGUGCAUCGACUCUUCCAAUUUUGCUGUGAUUGAAGCUGGAUUGAAGUGCUGCCAAGGGAAGUGCAUAGUCAACAGCAUCAGUCUCAAGGAGGGGGAGGGGGACUUCCUGGAGAAGGCCCGGAAGAUAAAGAAGUUUGGAGCUGCCGUGGUGGUUAUGGCUUUUGAUGAGGAAGGACAAGCAACAGAAACAGAUGUUAAAGUCAAUGUGUGCACUAGAGCUUACCAUCUACUUGUGGACAAAGUGGGCUUCAAUCCAAAUGACAUCAUCUUUGACCCCAACAUCCUUACCAUUGGCACUGGAAUGGAAGAACAUAACUUGUAUGCUAUCAAUUUUAUCCAUGCAACAAGAGUCAUUAAGGAAACAUUACCAGGAGUCAGAAUAAGUGGAGGUCUUUCCAACUUAUCCUUCUCCUUCCGAGGGAUGGAAGCCAUUCGAGAAGCAAUGCAUGGUGUUUUCCUUUAUCAUGCGAUCAAGUUUGGCAUGGACAUGGGGAUAGUCAAUGCCGGCAACCUCCCCGUGUAUGAUGAUAUCCAUAAGGACCUUCUUCAGCUCUGUGAAGACCUCAUUUGGAACAAAGACUCUGAGGCUACUGAGAAACUCUUACGGUAUGCCCAGACUCAUGGCAAAGGAGGGAAGAAAAUCAUCCAGACAGAUGAGUGGAGGAAUGGCUCCAUUGAAGAGCGCCUGGAGUAUGCUCUUGUGAAGGGCAUUGAAAAGCACAUUGUUGAAGAUACUGAAGAAGCCAGGUUAAAUGGGGAGAAAUACCCUCGGCCUCUGAAUAUAAUUGAAGGGCCCCUAAUGAAUGGCAUGAAAGUGGUUGGAGAUCUUUUUGGAGCUGGAAAAAUGUUUCUACCUCAGGUUAUAAAGUCAGCCCGGGUCAUGAAGAAGGCUGUUAGCCACCUUAUCCCUUUCAUGGAGAAAGAAAGAGAAGAAGCCAGAUUGCUUAAUGGCUCUGUUGAAGAAGAGGACCCUUACCAAGGCACCAUUGUGCUGGCCACUGUUAAAGGGGAUGUGCAUGACAUCGGCAAGAACAUAGUUGGGGUGGUCCUGGCCUGUAAUAAUUUCAGAGUUAUUGAUUUAGGAGUCAUGACUCCCUGUGAUAAGAUACUUCAAGCUGCUCUGGACCACAAAGCAGAUAUAAUUGGCUUGUCAGGACUCAUCACUCCAUCCUUGGAUGAGAUGAUUUUUGUUGCCAAGGAAAUGGAGAGGUUGGCUAUAAAGAUUCCAUUGUUGAUAGGAGGAGCAACCACUUCAAAAACCCACACGGCAGUUAAAAUAGCACCACGGUACAGCGCGCCUGUAAUCCACGUCCUAGAUGCAUCCAAGAGUGUGGUGGUGUGUUCUCAGCUGUUGGAUGAAAAUCUGAAAGAUGACUACUUUGAAGAAAUACUGGAAGAGUAUGAAGAUAUUAGACAGGACCACUAUGAGUCUCUCAAAGAGAGAAAAUACUUACCCCUAAGUCAAGCCAGAAAACAUGGUCUCCACAUUGAUUGGAUGUCUGAGCCUCACCCAGUGAAGCCCACGUUUAUCGGGACCCAGGUCUUUGAAGACUACAGCCUGCAAAAGCUGGUGGACUACAUUGACUGGAAGCCUUUCUUUGACGUCUGGCAGCUCCGGGGCAAGUACCCGAAUCGAGGAUUUCCCAAGAUAUUUAAUGACAAAACAGUAGGUGAAGAAGCCAGAAAGGUAUACAGUGAUGCUCAGAAUAUGCUGAACAUACUGAUUAGUCAAAAGAAACUCCAGGCCAGGGGUGUGGUUGGAUUCUGGCCGGCACAGAGUGACCAGGAUGACAUCCACCUGUAUGCAGAGGGGGUGGUGCCCCAGGCCGCUGAGCCCAUAGCCACCUUCUAUGGACUGAGGCAGCAGGCUGAGAAGGACUCUUCCAGUACAGACCCCUACCACUGCCUCUCAGACUUCAUUGCUCCUCUGCAUUCCGGUGUCUGUGACUACUUGGGUCUGUUUGCUGUUGCCUGUUUUGGGGUUGAAGAGCUGAGUAAGGCCUAUGAGGAUGAUGGUGAUGACUACAGCAGCAUCAUGGUGAAGGCGCUGGGCGACAGGCUGGCAGAGGCCUUUGCAGAGGAGCUCCAUGAGAGAGUUCGCCGGGAACUGUGGGCCUACUGUGGGAGUGAGCAGUUGGGCGUCCCAGACUUGCGCAGACUCCGGUAUGAGGGCAUCCGGCCAGCUCCUGGUUACCCGAGCCAGCCUGACCAUACUGAGAAACUCACCAUGUGGAGACUGGCCAACAUUGAGCAGGCCACAGGCAUCCGGCUGACAGAAUCCUUGGCAAUGACACCCGCCUCAGCAGUGUCAGGGCUCUACUUCUCCAAUGUAAAGGCCAAAUACUUUGCUGUGGGGAAAAUUUCCAAAGAUCAGAUUGAGGAUUAUGCUUUGAGAAAGAACAUGCCAGUGGCCGAGGUGGAGAAAUGGCUUGGCCCCAUUCUGGGUUAUGAUACAGACUGACUUCUCUCUCACACUCCUUUACUCUUUUCUGUUUUCUUUUAAACUUGUAUGUUUGCUGACCUCAGGGGGGUAUAAUCCCGUGUGCCUUAGAAAUAACAAAAGCACCUUUGCCCUGCCCUCUGCUCUGCUGUGAGAGGCUGGUUGACAGCAUGCAAUGUAGAGCAGGCCUCUAGUGUCCUGGAAAAAAAGCACUUUUCCGGGGACUUUAAAUGAGAAGCAACAAAGUGCCAAGGCUCAUGGUGUCCCUGGGCCCUCAUGAUUGGGACAAGCAGAAAACAUCUUUUGCAUUUCAAAGCAGGGCACCCAGCUUUACCCAUUUUGCCUUUGACCCAGAAAGGCAUUUGUUCCUGGGUUUGUUUGUCUGUCUGUCUAUUGGUUAGUUGGUUGGUUUGGUUUGGUUUGGUUUAGUUUUUUGUUUGUCUGUUUUUAUUGGCUGCCUCAUAUAUUAAAAACGAUUCUGAAAAUAAGUUGAAUAGGAGAAUAUAUAGAGAAAUGUAACCCUGGAGCAAAGUAUUACCAUGAGAAAUGUGACAUUUCAAUCCAAGUGGUUUCAGCAAAGGACUUGGACAGGGAGAAAAGUAUUCCUUUCUUUUCUCCUGUAACAUCUCAUUUCUGAGGUGUGACUAAGUGAAUGUAGAACUCUGUGGAAGAGGCAUGCUCUCUGCUUGCUGGACAGACAGACUGGAACUGUUUGCCUGGUGUGCUGGUAGGCACUGUCACAUUCUCCAAGGUUUUUUGUCUGUUGUAGUUUCACAGUCCCUUGCUCUAAGGUGGGAAAUGGAAGAGAGAAAGUGACUACCAAAGCAUUUAACAUCAAGCUGCUCUCAGAAUUGAACAGGUUGUUAGCUGAGCCCUGAUGUCCUGUGCAGAGCUGGACCCAGGGGUGACUUAAAGCCACUCAACUCUGUCUGCAUUUGACUCCAACUACUUACACUUUAGAUAUACUACAUUGUCUUGUUCUUUGAUAUUUCUGGAGAAAUUGCUCAGAGCACAGGCUCUGAAAGCACGGACUCAGACUUUAACUUUGCUGUGUAACUGCUGUGUGACAGAGGCCAAGUGCUUAACACUUCCCCACACUGCUCAUCUGAAAAAUGAGAACAGUCCUGCCAGUCUCUCUCACUGGGAUGAGGUCUAAACAGGAUUAUGUGUGGAAACGGUUCUGAUACACACAGAUAUUAAAUAAGUGGAGGUUCUAUAGAACUCUGUAGUCUUAGUCCUGCAGGUACUCACAGGAAGAAUGAGAGGUUAAGGGAGGAGGGAGAGUAGGGGAGUGUGUAUGGGGUGUGACUGAUCUCCUAGAACACCAACUUACAGUUCACACUGACAGAGAAAGAGAAGCCACCUCUCAUGUGUUAUCCACACCACCAGGACUCAUCUCGUGUGGGACAGACUCCUUCCUUGCCUCAUAUGUUGUCCCAAGCCACUUACACCAAACACGCUCCCUGGUGUAUUUGGAAGUGAAAAGAAGAAAAUGAUAGUUGGGUAAUGACAAUCCUGUAUGUCUGCAAUCUUUCCGAGCUUAUUUUCAAAGUAGCACACACUUUUUGUAUCACUGGCCCUUAGAGUGAAAAGAAUCGUUACUUUUCUUUAAGGCAUCUUUACCUUGUCCUAGAUUGUAAAUGGGACUCACUGGCCUGAGUCUUAGUUUCAGGACAUCUUGCCAUGGCAGGUAUGUUCUUUAGGCUUUGGAACAUUGGUCUGUGGGAAAGAACAGCUGUCAGUCAUUUACUCUAUUUCACUUGAAGAGUUACUAGGUCUUCUUAUUUCCUUGCCUUUCUUUCAGUUGGCUCCCCAAAUAUGUCGUUGAUCUAAUCCCAUGACCUACGUCAUCACCAUCAUCUUUUUCAUCAUCUUCCUCCUAUUCUUCCUCCUCCUUCCUCUUCUCUCUUCUCUCUUCUUCCUUUUUCUUGCAUGUUUAGGUCUAUAGAUCCUCACUAAGAAAUAUAAAAGAAUACUUGAAAGCAUCUUUCUUCAUGUAUUUUAAGUGUUCCAGAGAAACUGGGCUCAAAGACUAACAUUCUGAACGGGGCUCUGGUGUAUGUGAUUGCAUGUUCCCUCACCAUUGGCGUCUGAGAUUCUGACAUGAACUCAUUCACACUUGAGGCUUGCAUAUUCAUUAGGGCUGGAUUUUCCCCCCCUCACAGUUUAGAAUUGAAUGUAGCCAGAAGUGCUACCGUUGUCUGUGAUCUCAGGAUUUGGGAAGUUGAGGCAGGAAGAUUUGCAUGAGUAACAGGCCAUCCUGAGUUUCAUUGCCUCUCCAAAAAAAAAAACAAAACCAGGACCAGCAGGAAGGCUUCGUGAGUAAGUACACAGGCUGCCACACCUGGCCUGGAUUGCGCUCUGGGACACGGAUGGUGGAGGAGAACCAACUCAAAGCAGUUUUCUCCAUUUUGCUGCUUGCUCUGCUACCAGUGGCUGGUGCUAGCGACUAGGGAUAGUAGUACUGGUAACUCCUCCUCCUUUGAGCUGUUUCUCUAGCAGUUUCCCUCCAUUCAUAACAAACACACACGGGACUAACUCUUUUUCUAGGUGAUUCUCUCAUGUAUGCUCUCCUCACAUGUACCUCACAUGUGCUUCUUCCAUGUACCAGUUAUUUUUCUUCUACUUUCACCUAAUUCAGUGGAGUCGGGGGAGAUACGUUUCUUAUCUCUUACCACUGAUGACUUUUUAAUUAUCAGAACUAGAGGCCUUCCUAGGGGCUUUUCUCUUUGCUUUGGACAGUGUUCUUACCCUUAUCCCCUUCCUUGUGAUAAUUUUUUGUUAGCCUCUAUGGUCAUUUCUCAACCAUUUUUUUUUUUCUUAAGUUUUUUCUUCUACCUACUUCAAGUCUUACAUCCUGUAUUAGUUGCUUUCCCAGCCUGUUGUUUCAGAGGUUGAUCUCAUCUGUAGUAACUCCGGGACCCUCCAUCCUUAAUCCUUGCUCCUUCCUAAGGUUGCCACCCCAGCUCCUCAAGGAGUACACAAGGCAUUUCAUGGUGAAGUAUCCCAAACCUUGCUCCUGUGUGUCUCAUCUGCUCUCCAGUAGAAAGACUAAUUGGUGCCACCAAAUCAGCAGAUUGCAGGCUCACCCAAUACUGUCCAUUUUUAGAAUAGUUAGCUCAAAAAUUUGAUAGACUGGUGGUGGAAGUAUUCAGGGAAGAUCCUGGUUGACUCGGUUUAGGACCUGAAGAACAGAGAUGGAGCAGCAGGAAAGGAACCGAUAAGGGACAGUAAAUAGAAACACUAAAGGUUAUAAAGAUGCCAGAUCUUUCCAAAGUGAACGAUAAAGUCAGGAUUUCCAGCAGCGAUACCAACUGAUGUCAUGACGAAGAUAAGCAGAUAAUUCAUGUGGCGAGCACAGAAUCAAAACUGGCCAGAGGUUUCCAAAGAUGAAGAAAGAUUCAGGGAAUUCGUCUGACAGUACACCAAAUUUUACUGCAGAAAUAGUGUCAGGUGCAGUACAGAAAUGGCUUACAUCAGUGCCACCCAAAACCAAAGACCUUUGCUAAGCAAGUGAGUGAUUUAGGUGAGAAGACUUUUUUUUUUUUUUUUUU